CGGGCGCGCGGCUGGGCGGAGGGAAGAUGGUGGUGACAGGCUGGCUGGAGAGUCUGCGGGCGGCCGAGAAGACAGCACUGCUGCAGGACGGUAACUCGAGGCCCCGCGCGAGUUCCCUCCUUCCCCAGGGGAGAAGAAAGGUGCACUAUUUGUUCCCAGACGGGAAGGAAAUGGCUGAAGAAUAUGAUGAGAAGACAAGUGAACUACUUGUAAGAAAAUGGCGUGUAAAAAGUGCCCUGGGAGCGUUGGGCCAGUGGCAGAUUGAGGUGGGAGAGCCAGCACCCCAUGGAGCAGGGAAUCUGGGGUGUGAACUCAUCAAGGAAAGCAAUGCCAACCCCAUCUUCAUGCGCAAGGACACCAAGAUGUGUUUCCAGUGGCGGAUUCGAAAUCUCCCCUACCCUAAGGAUGUCUAUAAUGUCUAUGUGGACCAGCAGGAGCGCUGUGUUGUCGUCAGAACAACUAACAAAAAGUACUACAAGAAGUUCUCUAUUACUGAUCUGGAAAGAUACCAGCUACCUCUGGAUGAUUCUUUGCUGAGCUUUGCUUAUGCCAACUGCACCCUGAUCAUCUCCUACCAGAAGCCAAAGGAGGUCCUGGUGGCUGAGUCGGAGCUGCAGAAGGAGCUAAAGAAGGUAAAGAUGGCCCACAGCAGUGACAGGGACUGCAAGACCCAGUAGUGGACACCUGCACCUCUGGCUUGGAGGGUGGAUAAGGCUCUUCCUGUCACCUGAAAGACUUUGCAGCCUGGGCCUUUCUGGCACCUCUUCUCUUCCAGGAGCUAACCAGGCUCUGUAAGAACUAAGACUCGGGGUACUCCGGCCUCCUGCAUCAUGGUCUUACCUCCUGAGUAAAGUCAUUCU